AUUAGCACCAUGACGUCAUGCUGGGGUGAAUAGAGCGCGCUGAAGCGGAGCUGUUCACUCACACAGGUGCUUAACACCGAUACUCCACCAACACCGCCACAACGCAUGAAGGCCAUGAGAGCAGCUUUUCUCAUCGCAUCUCAUUUGCUGUACCAGCUAGUUUGCAUUGACACAUCAAGAACUACAGAUUGCAUUUCGCACAUGGAUGCUUGUGUUUCUCCACACUUCUGCAGAAGCGAACAGGCUGUUCUCAGAAAUAUCUGCAAUUUUAAAGAUGGAAGCUGCCACAUGACUGACGCAAAGGUCUGUAACGCCACUCUUCAGAUGAUGUUCAGCCGCUCACCUGCAUUGGGACAGUGCAUGUGCUCUGGGCCGGAUCUGUGCAGCACUCUUCAGCAGCUGUUCUCUCAGUGCCAGCAUCAUUGGGCAGCUCCAAAAAACAAGCAACUUGAGGAAGAAUGGCAAGCCAGUGAUCUCAAAGGACAUGUACACCACACCAACCAAUCCUGUCUUGAAGAAAUAGUGGCAUGUCUUGGGGAAAAAUCCUGUAACAGCCAAAUGGUGCCAUUGGUCCAGGAAUGCAACGCCUACCGAUGCAACCCCAGUCAGUGCAGAGAUGCAUUGAGGCAGUUCUACUCGGCUCUUCCUCACAAUGUGGCUGAGAAACUGGUGUUCUGUGACUGUGACAGAGAAGACCAGGAAUGCCAGCAGAUGAAAGCCUCUCUACACUCUGGAUCCUGUGCGAGUGACCAGUUGCAGACACCCUGGACCUGCCUGGAGGCGCUGGACAGCUGCUCUGAAGAUACAUUGUGCAGGCAGAUAUUUAGCAGGUACCUCUCCAAAUGUUUUGGGGAAAAGGAAUCUGCGCAUGAUACGACCAGUGAAUGGUUAAGUCGUCUGGACCCUGACUUCUUUCUUGGGCACGACCUCCAAUGCAGAGUGGCAUUUGUGGAAACAAUGGGUUCAAUACUUCAUCAGCCAUGCACUUGUGAUGGAUUACAUCAUCAUGAUCAAUAUACGUGCAAUGAGCUUAAACACAUUUUCCAAGACAAGUCCCUCUUCACACUCUCAGGAACCAAAGAAAAUUUCCGACAUGAAGAAUCCCAUGAAUCAAACACUGGGCAACAACCAACCAGCAAAACAAGCACUGAACAGCAGUGGUUAAGUGGUGAAAAUGUCCAACAUGGACAAUUUGAUGAUUCAAGCAAUGGGCAACGACCAACCAAUGAAUCAAGCGUUAAGCAGCAAUGGUUGAGUGAUCAACUGUUUUACAUACUGAUAUACAUCUCUGCAUUAAUGGUGGUGGUAUUGUUUGUGGUCAGUCUGGUUUUGUACAGACUUUGGAGAAUACACCGAGCUGCCGGUAAACCAACCUUUGAGGCCCAUCAGUCAAAGUCCCUGAUGUUGUCAUCUGUUAUUAUUUAAGUGGCAGUGAUAUUUAUGAUACUUUGCACAUUGUAGGUAUAUCUUUCACUGUGAAUUUUAAAUAUCCUUAUAAAAUAUUUUAAAUAUAUUUAAUAAAUACCCUUUUGCUUUCUAUCAAGCCACAGUUAAGGUUUGCGUGAAGGGAUUGUUUUUGCUCUGGCUGAUGCUCUGAUAUAUUAUUUAUAUUGGAUGAAAAAAGAAAUAGUAGUGUGGUGGAACUUGAUUUUAUUCACAUGGUAUUGACGGGAUUGUGAAAAGUGGAAAUAAUGAUUUGUACUUGGAUACUGAUAGUUGACCAGAACAUCCCAAAGGUUUUAUCAUCAUUAUCAUUAUUAUUUCAUAAUUGUUGUCAUUUGGUAUUAUUGCCAUAAGCUUUAUUACUUGGUGGGUGUCAAAAUAUGAAGAAUUCAAUUUUCCUUGUGGCAUAUAGGCGUCCAUUGUUAUAAAGAUAUAUAGUAAGUUUCAGACCUCAGUGCAAAAGGGGGGAUAAUAAAAAACAAUAAAAUAAAAUAAAACAUAAAAACUUGUAAUGGAUGAGAAAUAAUACUCUUGUGUAAUGUGCUAAUCUGAUUCUGCUUCAGAGCAUAAACUAAAAAUAAAGUGUUAAUGAGCAACAUUCAGCGUCUCUGAUAUCAGUUGUCUCAUUUAUCUUUAAUACGUUGUGGAAGAUGAAUAGCCAGCAUGAGGAAAGCCUCUGAUAAGAGGACAUGCUCUUGUCUCCUUCAGCGGAUCUGAUAUUCAUCAUGGUGCAUCAGUCUGU